UAGCAGGGGUGCUAUCGAUACAUCAUCGAUAGGGUAACAACAGCGAGACGCCAGCAGCACAAAAUCGCAAUAAAACAAAAGUAUUAAAUCACGUCUAAAGUUAGGUCGACCAUGUCCAGUGCCGCGAGACCCAGUCCCAGUACCAGUCCGAGUGUGUUCCUGAUCCUGCCAUGAUUGCCGCAAUUCCGGGUACUGCGCACUUCCCUCACCCAGAGCCAAAGUUAAUUGUGCAUCGCGAGUAGUACUAACAGUACCGAAAACGCAGAAAAGCGAAAAGCAAAAACAGAAAUCGCAAGAGGAUGAUGAGAACGUCAGUGUGUGGAUAUAUGGAUAUAGUGCCAGGGAAAGUGCGACGAGCAACAAUACAAAUCGGGAGUGAACAAAGCCGCGGAGACACGUACAGUGCUUAAAGGCGUUAUCCUGGUUUCUCAGCUAUUCGCCAUCCCGCUCCCACUCCCGUUUUGCUCCCGUGCCACGGCCUUGGGCGUGAGCUGGUGUGCGUGUGACUCGCGUGUGUGCGUGUGAGUAAGAGAUACGUUGUAUAUACCAGGACAUCGGGAUAUCCUGAGCAGCAAAAUGCCGCCAUCCCUGAUUGCCGUGUCCGAGUUCGUGGAGGAGACGCGCUCCGACUACAGCUCGCCCACCACCUCCACCUUCGCCUCCCGGAUGCCCGACUGCCGCCACACGAUUGGCGUCCUGGAAGAGAGAUUGGAGUUUGAUCGGGAGGGUCUAACUAAGUUGAAGAAAGCUGUCAAGGCUAUCCACAACUCUGGAAACACCCAUGUGGACAAUGAGAUGUUUAUGGUGCGAGCUUUGGAGCGGUUGGGCGGCAAGGUCAUUGAGCAGGAUGAGCCGGACAUCGGCGCCGCGUUCCUUAAGUUCAGCGUUGUUACUAAGGAGCUCAGCGCACUGAUGAAAACUCUGAUGCAAAACAUCAACAACAUUGUGAUGUUUCCGGUGGACUCAAUGCUGAAGAGCGAGCUGCGGGGUGUGAAGGGGGACAUGAAGCGGCCGUUCGACAAGGCGGCCAAGGACUACGAGGCAAAGUUCAUCAAGAUUGAGAAGGAGAAGAAAGCCCAGGCCAAAGAGGCGGGUAUGGUGCGUACAGAGAUCGACGCCGCUGUAGUGGCCGAAGAAAUGGAAAAGGAGCGUCGACUCUACCAGCUGCAGACCUGCGAGUAUUUGCUGAAGUACAAAGACAUUAAGACCAAGACGGGAAUCGAGCUAUUGCAGCACCUUAUUGAGUAUUAUCAUGCGUUAAGCAACUACUUUAAGGACGGCCUCCAGACGAUCGAGCACUUCGGCACGUACAUCGGCGACCUCAGCGAGAAGCUACAUGAGAUCAAACAGAAGCAGGACGAGGAUCGUCGCAGUUUGCUGGACUUGCGAACAGUUUUGCGCAGUACUCCAGAUUUUGAGCGAGUUGACAAUGUGCCAUCGUCGGAGAGCCGAAGUGGGGGAGCUGGUUACUCCCUCCAUCAGUUGCAAGGUGACAAACACCACGGCGUCACUCGGCAAGGUCACCUUUUCAAGAAGAGCGAGGGAAAGGUGCGUCGCGUGUGGCAGAAACGACGAUGCCGUGUCACCAGCGAUGGCUUUCUGGACAUCUUCCAUGCCGACGAGUCAAAGCCACCAACACGCGUUAAUUUGCUCACUUGCCAGAUUAAGCCGGUGCCGGAUGACAAGCGUGGAUUUGAUCUUAUCAGCUACAAUCGCCCGUAUCACUUUCAGGCGGAGGAUGAAGGCGACCAGAAGGCAUGGAUGGCCGUCCUGGUGAACUGCAAGGAGAAAGCACUUACCAAGGCGUUCCAGCACGCCAAUCCGCAGAUGAGUCCAAGUCUGGUGGAAUUACAGAAGACUGUGAUCCGAUAUGUACAGCUACUGCCUGGAAACGAUCGGUGCUGUGACUGUGGAUCGCGGAACGAUGUGACCUGGAUCAGCCUAAACUUUGGCAUUCUGGUGUGCAUUCAGUGCUCGGGCGUGCAUCGCGACCUGGGCGUACAUCACUCGCGCAUCCAAAGUCUUACGCUGGACAACUUGACGACGGCUAACCUGUUGAUUGCUCGUGCCAUGGGCAACAGCACGCUGAACGAUAUUAUGGAGGCGAAACUGGGAAGGGGCAAGCUUCAACACGAGAGCAGCAUGGAAGAGCGCUACGACUUUAUUCGCGCCAAGUAUGUUGCCAAGCGCUAUGUCAUGCGCACCUGCUCGGAUGACAACGACCUACGGUGCGACUUGGAGCAGGCAGUGGUUAAUGCCGACAUGAGUCAGUUGCUCCAGGUGUGGGCGGAAGGAGCGGAUCUCACUUGCUGUCUGCCCAGCUCUGAUGCAGGAGAGACGGCACUUCAUCUGGCCGUGCUGCGCGAGAUGGGAUCCACGCUGCACAUAGUCGACUUUCUCAUCCAAAAUAUGCCGCCCAAAGGUCUUAACAAGGCUACCAACCCAGCCGGCCUGCUGGAUGUGACGGGAAAGAAUACGGCGUUGCAUCUGUGCGCUCUUCACGAUCGAAGGGAGUGCAUGAAGCUUUUGCUCCGCUCAGGAGCGGACUAUGAACUCAAGAACUCACAGAACAAAACAGCGCUAGAUAUUGCCAAAGAAAUGGGACACAAUAGCUGCAGGGAGCUCAUUGAAUGUGCCAUUAAGCGGGAGAAGAGCGCCUUCGACCACAUCAACACUGACUGGAAUCUGCCAAACGAGGAUGGUUCCACGGAUUUCAGCGACGAUGAAACAGUCAUCGAUGAGCGCUCCAGUUCUAGUCCAAUCGCCAAUUGUCCGAGUCGGCAAUUUACUCUACCCUCGGGUCUGCCGAGCUAUACACAUUCUGCAGGGACUUCGCCCAAACAGCACGUAAAUGUGGGACAGUAUCUAGGCAGUGCUAGCAAUGUUGGAGGUGGUGGGGCUGGGAAUGGCGGUUCAAGUCCCAGUUCCGCCUCUAGCCAGAGCGUUCGUGCGGCGAGAAAUAGCUUGAAUAUGCAAAGCGACCUGGGCGGCCAUGUGACAGGCGCUCGCAAGUCAACAUCUACGGCCAACAUGAAUUCGCUAAAGAAGCGUACAGCACCAGCUCCACCGCCCGGGACAUUGGGCAGUGGCUCGUCGAGCUCUUUUUACGGCACAUUGCCUCAUCCUCCACGCCAUUCGCAGAACUUCGAUGCCAGUGACAUUCGAGCCAUUAAUCACAAGAACCAGUCGCUGGACGUUGCGUAUGGCACGCUGCCGCACCUUCGAAGCGUAGAAAGCAGUCCUAGAGGCGGAGGUGGAUACGGGUAUGGAGUGUCACAGGAUCCUGGAGGAUCUGGAAACGGAAGCAACAACAGUCUUAUGCCUGCCAUGACUACCUUCGGCCACAAGCGUUCACCCAGCGGUGAGUCGCUGAACAGGAAUAUCCAUUUAGCGGGCGCCAAGCUAGUUCUGCCGCCAACCGGUGAGUUGCCUACGCUAAAGCAUGUGGACAAAUCGGCGUUAACGAGGCCAAAGAUUCCCCCACCAGGACCGCCAUCAGAGCGUGAAAUAUCAAACGGACAGUCGAACGAGAGCAUAAGUUCCAUGGACGAGGGCCCAGUGGCGCCUCCCCGUAAGCUGGUUAAUCAGUCGGCCAAUUUCCCCGACUACGAGUCGUGGCAUACGGAUAUGGACAGCUCUGGGGGCGGCCUAGACCAUUCAGCCGAGUCGAAUGUGUCCUCGAGCGACAACGACCGACUGAAUUCAUCGCCGGACAAUCCGUCGAAAACCGGUGGGGCUGGGCUGGGCGGAAAGUUCCACUAUAAUGGUCAGAGGCGGUGCCGAGCUCUCUACGAUUGCGUGGCGGACAACGAUGAUGAGCUAGAGUUCAAGGAAGGUGAGAUUUUGAUCGUGCUAAAUGAGCGCACCGACGACGAGAACUGGAUGGAGGGCAUUAUUGAGGGACAACCGGCGAGGAAGGGCAUGUUUCCUGUCAGUUUCGUGCAUAUGCUGCCUGAUUAAUCAAUCCCCUGUUUGUGCUGAGUUUGUGGCUGAGCGUGAUUGUAUAUAGAUAUAUAUAUAGAUGUGUGUAUGCGUCUUUUAAACUCUAAUGACAUAUAUUAAUGAUUUAUUUAUUACGGCUAUUUUAUCACAAUGCGUGUGACUAUUAAUUUGCCUAAGACUAAACAUGUAAACGUCUCAAGUAAGUUACUUUUAGCCUAGAAGCCAACUACUCAUUUACACUUGUAUUUCAAUCAAAGCCUUUAAGUAGAGUUCUUCCUGUGCAUUUCACGUUGGCUUCCUUCCCAAGGUUAGCGCUUUAAUAACUAAAUAUGUCCUGCAAAUGCUGUAAUUCGUACCAUAACUAGAUCUAUCUUUAUCUUAGCCUAAAACGCUGUGCGCAAAAGUUACUCAAUGUCAGAAAAAUUGUCAGGAGAUCAAAUUAUGUAUUGUAUGCUUGUACUUUAUGCUGCCAUAAACAGAUACUAACGAUAUCCAGACAGGCCCCGACCUGGUCGGGAUCUUGGUUUACACUCGUACUCAAGUAUUCUAAAUCUGUUGUUAAUGGUUUGACGAAGAGUUUAUAAAACAACGUUGACAGAAAUAUCAAUUUAACCAAACCCAAGCCCAAACUAUCCAUAUUGCGGACAUAAUUUGAAAGCCACCAAUGCUAUUAUAAAGAAAUACGAGCAUUUUCGGCAAAAAGGAAAGCAAAAGCCCUUUGUACCUAGAAGUUGUUACCAAUUAAGUACCCAAUAUGUAUAAACGUAUAUAAAAAUUACAAACUGCAAGAUAUCAAUUAUCGAGAUUUGUUUAUCACAUAUGAUAAUUUUGAAAAUUCAAAGUGUAUAUAAUGAUUUUUUUAAGACACCACACACCUUUUUCUUUUUACUCAUUUUGUAUACACGUUUCAGUAUUUAUUUAGCAAAACCUUAAAACAUAUUGAUAUUAUAUGUAAGUCAAAUAAAAGGAAGAACAUAACGCUUAUUACAUAUAUAUACACAUA